CUGGUUCAGACCCACUCGCUACGACGGCGCGCUGACUCGCAGAUGGGUGCCAUAACGGCGUUUACCACGCUUCAUAUCCGCCAUGCGCGCACUGAAGCAUGCAUCUGGCUAGAAGACCUCGGAAGGCGAAGAAAACACGGAGAACAGGCUUCAUUGCCAGUGGAGAGGGACGUCGUGGUGCUCGCGAUGUACGCGACGUUGUCUGGCCAGGCUCGCUUGUUGGCAGGUCACGCGUGGCCGCCGUGCGGAGGCAUUCGGAUGCCUUAUCCAGGUCCUAGACUACUAAUGGCGUGCUAAGCUGGCAACCGUCCUCCCCUCUGCCUCGCUCUUGCAACCACCAUGUCCGACGCCUGCUGCGACGCUGAGGGCCACUGCCACGGGCUCACGAGCACCAUGGAGAAUUCUGAAGACCACAGGCACGCUAUAGAGGCCACAGGGCAGACCUCGCCGAGCCGCUCUCAAGAGGACGACUCGAAGUGUUGCGAAGACAAUGAAUGCAAAUGCGACGAUGGCUGUCUCGAAGAGCUGGCGCGAGCUAUGUGCGCGGACGACGCUGCACACCUUCACGAUCACAAGGAGAGAGACGUCGAUAAGGACAGUCUUAGCGCUUGCAGUACAUGCGUUGGCGACGAGUCCUGCGCCGAUGUCGACGCAACUGCUGUCGCGCCCCCUACAAGGCCGUGCACGCAUAUCGGGCUCAGGAAGCGGAAGUCUCCCCGCGACGAUGCCAAUCCCGAGGCUGCCCCUUUCCCGCCCGAGGCCUGUGGUCAGCACAGGUCCUUCGCUCGCAACCGCUACCAACAGACCCUCGCCGCGUUCGGCUGUGUUUGCAAGGCGAUGCUAUCAUUUGGCCUGCAGUCGUGCUGCACGACCAUGAAUGCCACGAAGGGACGUGCGACGGCUCGAAGCAUCCGGGCCAGUACUAGCAGAAGGUCGCUCAUUCCCUCGACGAAGAGUCAACUUUCCGUCGAUUCCUGCUGCAAGGGCGGCGGGUGUUGUGAUGGAGGGAGCGCAGCGACCAGUCACUGUCACGACCAUGCUUCCGUUGUUAGAUCAGUGCGUCGUUCCGUCGACUCUUGUCGCAGCGGUGCGAAGGACUCGUGCUGCGGUGGCUGCCAGGACUCGUGCUGCGGGGGCGGUAGUGAUGCUCACUCCCACACCUCUGUCAAGGAUGGGUGCUGCUCCGAUGGCUGUAACGAGAAAUCUGGCGCGUAUGGAAUUGGUGACGAGCUGGGCACGCUCGAGAAGGGAAUCAGCGUAUCUAACGAACGCGCCGUCCUCGCCGUUCGAGGUAUGACUUGCUCGGGCUGCGAGAACAAACUCAUCCGCGUCCUCAGGGCCCUUCCUACGGUGCGCAAUGUCAAGACUAGCCUGGUGCUCUGUCGCGCCGAGUUCGACUUCGACGACGGAGCUACGAGCCUGCAGACCCUAGUCCAGACUAUCGAACAACGCACUGGCUUUUCGGUCGAGACCAUCAACGCUGGCAAGACGUGCACGCUUAUGUUGCGGGUGGAACGAGGGAAGUGCGACGGCUUCCUUUCCAUCCCUCCUCCAAAGGGCGUAGACAAAGUAGCCCGCCUCGAUAAAGACACUAUGGUUGUCUCCUACGAUCCAAGAAUCAUUGGCGCCAGACAAGUUAUCCUGGAUUACGCUGCAUUUUCGCCCUCCCUGGCACCGGAGCCACGCGAUCCAGCGAUGAUGGCUGGCCUCAGGCACAUCCGCACACUCACCCUCCGCACCGUCGCGUCCGCGGUUCUGACGAUACCGGUACUCGUGAUGGCCUGGGCGCCGCUCCCCUCGCAUCCUCGCGCCUACAAUGUCGCCUCCCUCGUACUUGCGACGCUCGUCCAGACGCUCAUCACCGGCCCGAUCUAUGUCAGCGCGUUCAAGAGCCUGUUCUUCGCGCGCGUAGUCGAGACCGACCUGCUAGUCGUCCUGAGCACGUCAGCGGCGUACGUGUAUUCAGUCGUGGCGUGCGCGUUCGAGUUCGCUGGCCGCCCGCUUGCAUCUGGGGGCUUCUUCGAGACUAGCACCCUCCUCGUGACGCUCAUUGUGCUCGGUCAGCUCGUGAGCGCGUACGCGCGCCAGCGUGCGAUGGAAACGAUCUCGAUCCGGACGAUGCAGCAAGGCCUUGCGAAGAUCGUGCGCUCGGACGGGUCGGAGGAAGACGUGGAUGCGCGGCUGCUUCAGUACGGCGACGUGUUCAAGGUCGACCCUGACUCGAUGGUCAUCACAGAUGGCGUUGUAUUCGCCGGCCAGAGCGAGAUCGACGAGUCCAUGAUGACCGGGGAGUCAAAACCGGUUGCGAAAGCUGCUGGGAGUACCGUCAUCGCCGGUACUGUCAAUGGCCCGAGCACACUCCUUGUCACCGUCUCGCGGCUACCGGGCGAGAACACCAUCAGCGAGAUUGCGGAGAUGGUUGACGACGCCAGGUUCUCCCGCGCGAAGGUGCAGGCUAUCGUCGACCGCGUCGUCGGGUGGUUCGUCCCCGUCAUCGUGGCCGCAGCAGUCGUCACAUUCGUCGUCUGGCUUGCGGUCGGUCGCACAACACAGAAACGGACCGGUGGGGAUGCGGCCGCCUCAGCAUUGACGUACGCUAUCGCCGUGCUUGCGGUGUCGUGCCCAUGUGCCAUCGGCCUGGCGGUGCCCAUGGUCAUCCUCAUCGCGGGCGGGGUUGCUGCGAAACGGGGGGUGGUUUUUAAGGCGGCUACGACCAUCGAGAUAGCUCGCAAAGUCACUCACGCCGUCUUCGACAAGACCGGGACACUCACGCAGGGCAAGCUCAGCGUCGUCACAAGUGAUGCCUGGCCUGUGGAGGAGUUCGAUGUCAACGCGGCGAUCCUUGUAUUGACCAAAGACAGCCGUCACCCUGUGGCACGCGCUGUCUCCGAGUAUCUGAAGGCACACACGGACAUCUCGACGACUGUCAAAUUGGACCAUGUCGAGCUGAUCACCGGCAAGGGUAUACAGGGCACCUUUUCAGGCAGCUUCCUUCGAGGCGGCAACCCUCUGUGGUUGGAUGUCGAGGAGCACCCCGCGGUCAAGCCAAUGCUCCUCCAGGGUCUGACAGCUUUCUGCGUCACCUACAACAGUCGCCUCGUCGCUGUCUUUGGUCUGGAAGAUGCACUCCGUCCCGAGUCGCUCUAUGUUCUGGACUCCCUCCGCAAGCGCAAUGUCCGUAUCUCCAUUCUCAGCGGAGAUCAUCGUGCCGCAGUCGAGAAGGUCGCCACUGCUCUGGCAAUUCCCAGCGAGAACGUCGCAGCCGGAUGCAUGCCCGCGGACAAGCAAGCGUACAUCGCUUCACUCGCAUCCAAGGGCGAUUGUGUCCUCUUCUGCGGGGACGGUACGAACGACGCCGUUGCUCUGGCGCGUGCUGACAUCGGUGUCCACCUACACACCGGCGAGGGCGCUGGCUUCGCUGCAUCCUCCGCCGCGGACGUCGUGUUACUUCACCCGUCCCUCACUGGCAUCCUGACGCUUCUGCAACUGUCAGACGCGGUUGCGAGGAGGAUUAUGCUCAACUUCGGAUGGUCGGCGGUGUACAACUUGGUCGCGAUCCUGUUCGCCGCUGGUGCCUUCGUGAACGCGAGGCUCCCGCCGGCUUAUGCUGGGCUGGGAGAGAUCGUGAGCGUGUUACCGGUGGUCUUGGUGGCGCUGCAGCUCAGGUGGUUCAAACCCGACGCUCCGAUAUGA